UACACUGUCCACCAUGUCCACUAUAUAUAUUCCUAUUCAUACACUGUCCACCAUGCCCACUGUAUAUAUUCCUAUUCAUACACUGUCCACCAUGCCCACUGUAUAUAUUCCUAUUCAUACACUGCCCACCAUGCCCACUGUAUAUAUUAAUAUUCAUACACUGUCCACCAUGCCCACUGUAUAUAUUCCUAUUCAUACACUGUCCACCAUGCCCACUGUAUAUAUUCCUAUUCAUACACUGCCCACCAUGCCCACUGUAUAUAUUCCUAUUCAUACACUGCCCACCAUGCCCACUGUAUUUUUCCUAUUCAUACACUACCUACCAUGCCCACUGUACAUAUUCCAAUUCAUACACUGCCCACCAUGCCCACUGUAUAUAUUCCUAUUCAUACACUGUCCACCAUGCCCACUGUAUUAUUCCUAUUCAUACACUGCCUACCAUGCACACUGUAUACACUGUCAUUUGCAUAUUGCUGAUGCUCCGUUCUGGAAGGUCCUAUGCUGCCUGCCACUAAACUGUAAUUAUUCUGCCUCCACAGGCCGUCUGGGUUCGGGUUUCAUCCAGGCCGCCGGGAACCUGCUGUCACUCCAGGCCCAAAAACAGGCUGACCGUCGUGUACUGAGAGCUGGAAUUAUUAUUAUUAUGAGCUACCAUGUUUCAAAAUCCCUAAAAUUAGAGAACAUGAGGUGAAAGUUAACAGUCAGCACUAUUGUUGGGGUAUAUAUGAAAAUAUCAGACUUAUUUAAUAGCAAAAAUUACAAUAUAUAUUUGCAUCCUUGGGUGACCCCUAUGGCUUAAUAAGCCGUACCUUAAGAGAUUCUCACAUGAAGUUUCGUUUUUAAAGAACAGAAAAGGUGUGUCAUUAAGCCACGCAGCCCUGUGUGAAUAUCGAUGCGCUGCUAUCGCUUUAAGAUCAGAGGAGCCAAUCACAAUCAUAGAAACUUGGGGUGGUCAUUGACAUGCUUCUACGGAAACGAAACUUAUCCAUGUAUAAAGGCUUCAGGUUGGAUUAAUAAAAUUGAUUACCCUGGUUUUUGGAACAGCGAUAUAUGGCAGCAGCUUGAAGGGAAAUCCCAGUGGUAAGGAAAUGAAACCUACCAUCCCUUUAAGGCAGGAAGUAUGGCUGUACAGUGAAUUUCUUUUUACAAACCUCAAUCUUAUAUGCACUUGCACGUAGUUGCAGCUAGAACAACCUGAUCUGGUUUUCCCGAGAAUCACCAGUGAAACGGACACUGAUUUUAGAAGGGACUACGCAGAAAAGUUUGUCAUAAGCGCUGUGAAACUAACUUGACUCUCAAACAAAAGUAUGACUUCAGCUACCAUUCAGAUGUCUGAGGAACAUUUGCGGUGCUCAAUUUGUUUGGAAGUGUUCUCCUGCCCAGUGUCUAUCCCAUGUGGCCACAGUUUUUGUAAACACUGCAUCUGUGAGCAAUGGAGCAGUAAAGACAAACAGCAGUGUCCGUUGUGUAAGACAAUAUUUGACGAACCAGUUAAUCUUACUGUAAAUGUUGCUUUGGCUGAGAUCACCAAGGAAAUGGGGCGGAAAACACUGAAACGGUCAUUCGAGUCCAGUGGUGUGGUCUGCGAUGUCUGUGUUGGUGAGCAGCUUGAUGCCGUGAAGACUUGCCUGCAGUGCCUCUCAUCUUACUGUGACAGCCACGUUCAGGAACACCUGAUCCGAUAUGAGGAGCACGAGCUGGUCAGCCCGUUGGGGAACCCAAAGGACGGAAUCUGUGAGGUGCACAGCAAGCUCCUCGAGAUGUUCUGCAGGGAGGAUGAUAUGUGUGUUUGCGUACUGUGUGCUGAGGUGGACCACAAGAUGCAUCACCUUGUGCCAGUAGAGAGUGAGUGGACUGAGAAGACGACCUGCUUGAGGAACACUGAGCUUGAGGUCAAGCAGAAAAUCCUGGACCGCCUGAAGAAGGUGGAGGAACUCAGAAAACUAGUUAUGCUUGGUGAGAAGAAUGCAGAGAAAGAGAUUGAGGAAGGUGUUCAGGUAUUUACUACUCUGAAGCAGACUAUUGAUGUUUGUCAGGCCAGUCUCAUUAAUGAGAUUGAGCAGAAGCAGAGAGCAGUGCAGCAGAGAGCAAAGGAACUCAUUCAGGCUCUCGAGAAUGAGAUCACUGCGUUGAAGGUGAAGAGUGCUGAGCUGAAGAGGUUCUCCAACAAUAAGGAUCACAUCAACUUCUUAAAGACCUUCUCAGCUGUCUGUGCUCACCCAUAUACACAAGACUGGUCUGGUGUUUCCAGUCACACUGUCAUGUGUGUGGAGACUCCUAGACUUUUCCUGUCCGUGCUGAAGGAGCACAUAAAACAGCUGGAGACCAGAAUCAUUCAGGCUGAGUGUGACAACGCCAAGAAGCAUGCAGUGGUUGUUAACCUGGACCCCCGUACUGCACAUCCAAACCUAGAGGUGUAUGAAAAUUGUACAAGAGUAAAGUAUACUGGCGAUGGCCUGAAAGACAAAAGUCUGAAGAGAUUUUCUUAUUUCAGAGCUGUUCUAGGAAAAGAUGGCAUCACUUCAGGGAGACAUUAUUGGGAGAUACAAGUAAAAAAUGCAUCUUGUGGUUUAGGUGUAGCUGACGAAUCUGCCAAACGAAAGCAAUCAGUUAAAUUAUCACCAGAAAAUGGUUUCUGGGUUGUUACCAACAGAAAUGAAAAUUUUAAGGCAAUGAGAAAGACUUUUGUACCCAGCCAGUAAAGAUGAAGACCCAGUGAUCGUCUGCCCUGUUCCUGCUGCUGCAGAUUAAUGGAUUUAUAAAGGGAGAGAAGUGACCCUUUGCCGAUCUGCAUGGGACGCUUGUCCAUCACGAGGAACAAGCAGAGGCUCCUCAGGCAAUUCAGAGGGUUAGUUUUUAGACAAUUUUCAUGUUUCUAACGUCUUUUUUAUCUUGCUUAUGCAUGUAUGUGUUGGGAUAUUGUAACUGUCAUGUCGCUCUUCAUACGAAAGUCGAGUUAAUCUUGUCUGUCAGGUUUCAUUCCCAGGUUGAUACUCUUGCUUCAAACAUGUGGCUCCUGAGAUAUUUUCUUUUUAGCAGUAAGGUUGUAAAUAAGGUCAGAGACUCCUGGCCUCUACUAUAUGAUUUCAUCAUUAUCAAUUUAUUUGUUUAUACUAAAACAUAAACUGUGGAUGUUUCUCCUUUGAUGGUUGAUUAUCUAGUUAGUGACACUAAGAUGAAUUGGAGUUGCCAAGUGUGUGUGUCUGUCUGUGUGUGUGUGUGUGUGUCUGUGUGUGUGUCUGUGUGUGUCUGUCUGUGUGUGUAUGUCUAUCUGUGUCUGUGUGUGUGUCUGUCUGUGUGUGUGUGUGUCUGUGUGUGUGCAUGUGUCUAUGUAUGUGUGUGCGUGUGUCUGUGUCUAUGUGUAUGUGUGUGUCUGUGUGUGCGUGUGUCUGUGUGUAUGUGUGUGUCUGUGUGUAUGUCUAUCUGUGUCUGUCUGUGUGUGUGUGUGUGUGUGUGUGUGUCUGUGUGUGUCUGUCUGUGUGUGCAUGUGUCUAUGUAUGUGUGUGUGUCUGUGUGUGUGCGUGUGUGUAUGUGUCUGUGUCUAUGUGUGUGUCUGUGUGUGCAUGUGUCUAUGUAUGUGUGUGUGUCUGUGUGUGUGCUCUGCGAUGGGUUUGCCCCCCAUCCUGGAUUGUUCCUUGCCUAGCACCUGUAGUUUCAUCGGUAAGAAGAUAUGGAAAAUUAACAGAUGAGUUUCUGUUUAGUUCUUAUAAUUUAGUUACAGUUUCAAUAAUUUUAUUUCUAGGGAGAGGCUGAAGGUUGUAGAGGUAUUUAUGUGCCUGAUCUUUAGAGAAUCCUACGCAGUGACCAUUAUGUACUAAUGAUAAACUAAAUGUGAAUGAAUUGGUAAUGGGGUCUGGAUUUUUCUAUGCAAAACCAAUAUAAAUGUCUUUCAAACUCCUUCCUACUUUUAUUAAAUGAAAUAGAAUCUACUCAGAUCCCUAGAAUUUGUAAAUAAUACAAUUUUUUAUUUUAUUGCAAAAAGAACCUUGCAAAUUUUGGCUACUGCUCGAAUUUGUUUUCCAGGUCAACAGUUAAAUACUGAAUAUACUCUAUUUCAGUGUAUAUUAAUACUAGCCUUGUGUAUGUUUAUGAACGCAAUGUCCCGUAAUCGCUUUUCCUUUAUCUGAUUUCUUUCUUUUUUCUUUUUUUGCAUAAAUAAUUGUAUCCUGUUGGCAAUUGCUGAUUGUUUUUUCAAUUUACAAAAAAUAAAUAAUUACAGGAAGUACUUGGCGAGCCAUUUUAAUGCAUUAAAUACGAGAGAGAGAACAGCAAUUUUUGUUGAUUAAUAUUCAAUAAAUACAUCGUUUUACAAAAUGUAUGUUGCACACCGACGUGUAUGUAUUACAUCAAUGUGUUUAUUGAAAAGUAUAAUUUGGUAUUAUAAACAGCUAGGGUUAACUGCCUUGACGUGUUUUAGGAUUAUCUGGGUUAAAGAGCGGGCUGCUGUCGUUUUAUUGCUUUGAACUUUCUUUUAAUUAUUAUGUUCUUAAAGUUGUAUGGUAGUUAAGAGCAAUCACAUGCUAAUGUUUAUUGAUAUAUUUAGAUGCAUAAAUAUGGUGACACAAGCAAUAAAUGUAUUAAUCGAUGCAUUAAAUGUAACUGAGGUACAAAAAUAA